CGGGUACUUUUGGGUUGUGCGCCUUUGCUAGUCGCGCGGUGGACCUUUGAGCCAAGUUGCAUAUCGAGGGCGCGCCCCUUCCCACGCCGCACGGCCUGCUCCAGGGUCUUGGAUAUGGAUCUUCUUCAGUUCCUGGCCUUCCUCUUUGUCCUGCUACUUUCUGGGACAGGAGUCACAGGCACCCUGAGGACCUCCCUGGACCCAAGCCUGGAGAUCUACAAGAAGAUGUUUGAGGUGAAGCGACGGGAGCAGCUGUUGGCACUGAAAAACCUGGCACAGCUGAAUGAUGUCCACCAGCAGUACAAGAUCCUUGAUGUCAUGCUCAAGGGGCUCUUUAAGGUGCUGGAGGACUCGCGGACAGUCCUCAUUGCUGCAGACGUGCUCCCAGAUGGGCCCUUCCCCCAGGACGAGAAACUGAAGGAUGCUUUCUCCCAAGUGGUGGAGAACACAGCCUUCUUCGGCGAUGUGGUGCUGCGCUUCCCAAGGAUUGUGCACCACUACUUUGACCACAACUCCAACUGGAACCUCCUCAUCCGCUGGGGCAUCAGCUUCUGCAACCAGUCAGGCGUCUUUGACCAGGGGCCCCACUCGCCCAUCCUCAGCCUGAUGGCCCAGGAGCUGGGGAUCAGCGAGAAAGACUCUGACUUCCAGAACCCAUUUAAAGUAGACCGCAGAGAGGAAGCAAGGUCACGGUCUGCGAGUGAGGAGGCUGGAGAAGAAGUUCAUUUCCAGCACCGACCCUUUCCAGAAGGCCCUGAGGGAAGAGGAGAAACGCCGGAAGAAAGAGGAGAAGCGGAAAGAGAUCCGAAAAGGCCCGCGGAUCUCACGAUCCCAGUCUGAGUUAUAAGCCUGGAGCAGUCCAGGGUUCAGGGGCCCAGGAGAAGGCAGCGUGGCCAGGGCUCAGCGACAUCGACUGGUGGUGAGAGCCGGCCCCUGUGAGAGGCGAGGCCACGUUUGCUUGGUCUCCUGCGGCUGGCUCUGAGCUGCAGCUCAGAGGACUGGGCCACAGAAGGCUGGAUUUCCUCCCAGGGGCUUCCCUGGAGGGGGUGUCGAGGGGGCCUUCGGAGGAUGCUAUGCUGCAGACCUAACCCUGUGGAGAUACUGGGGGAGGCAGGAGGGAUCCUGGGCCAGACCCUCCCCAUGGGUUAUUACCAGUGGUCAGCUGGCUGCUGCCCUUUGUGGAGAGGCAGCAGAGCCAGGCUCUGAGCCAUGUGUGGAGGUGCCUUGCCUGCUGCUGGCCCCACUGUGUCACUGAGCCACCUGGCACAGGUCCCAGCCCCCAGCCCCUGGCAGAGACAUAAUAAAAGCCAGCAAACCCUCUGGCCUAACUGGGGCUGGUUUGGGCCCCAGGGAUCUGUGUACCCUUCCACUGGGCAGGUGAUGAGGGGCCUGGGUGGUGGGACCAGGGACCCUGAGAGAUGUAGAGACCACCUUAGAGGAUGUUCCUGCCCCAUCAGGAGGAACCGCCGGCCCGGGCCAGGUAGUGAAGCAAGGACUUGGCUUAGGCCUCCUCUUCCUUUCUCAGCAUUGUCCUUGACAAAGGAUCAGUGUUGAGAAGGGACCAGAAGUGUCCUGGGAGGGUGUUUAGCCCAAGAUGACCUUAGAGCAACAUGAUCUCUGUCCUCAGGUAUCUGGGAACAGUCGUUGAGCAGGUGCAGGGAAGAGUCAACCUCUCCUCUCUGACAACGCUGGGAGACCCUUAGCCUGUGGGUAGGGGAUGUUGGGGGGAUAGGCUGCAGCUCUGCAGGAGGAUGUGCUUUGUAAUGGCAGGGCGGCCCCGACCAGGAUUGGUCAGACAGUGAGCUCCCUGUCUCAGGAGGUGUGCAAGCAGAGACCAGUGGCCAUAGGGCAGGGAAGCUUCAGAGGGAGGUACACCCUGAGUGGGCAGCUGCCCUUUAGUCGUGCCCCUCCCAGGCAAAGGAGGGAGGGGCUCUGGUGGGAAUUCUAGCCCUGUCUCUUUGACCUUGCCAAGCAAGGGUCUGCCUCUUCAAAGGGGAUAGAGACACGACCAUCCGCAGAACCCCCAGCCCCCCACAAUUGACAAAGCCCGAGGGAGACCCGAGUCUUGUCUCAGUCCAUCAGACUUGCUGAGGGACCCUGGCCCACCCCUUCCCUAUUCUGUGGCUUCAUUGGCAAAAUGAAUUUGAUAAUGUCUGAACUCUGCCCAACCCUAAACUGCUUUUCUGAGGCUGGGCUUCUCAGUGACAGGUGCCCUUCUCUGAUGGUUCUUUGUCCCAGAGAUUUGUUGAGCACCCACUGUAUGAACAGACAAAGAGAGGGCCCCAGUCUUACCUGUCUUCACCUCUGCCGCAUCUGGCACCUCCAUCCUCCUGGGCUCUUCCUUCAACACCUUCAGCCUCGCCAUCUUGGCUGAUCCCUUCCUCUCCGCCCUCAAAUGGGCCCAAGUUUUCCCGUCUGACACCUUCAAAGAAACAAACAGAGCCACUCUGCUCUCCCCUUCUCCUUCCCUUUGCUGCCAUUGUUGAUUGUUGUGGUCACUUGUUCUCGGAACUCCACCGUGAGUCUUACUACAGGCAGAACCUGCCCACUGCCCCACCAGGACCUAUAAAGGCCUGAGGGCACUUCUUUGUCCAGCCUUCUUGCAGCUAGGAUUCGGUUCUGUGACUGAAGCGCCACCAACCAGAUGCACCAGCUUGUGUGGGAGUUGUGCUGGUUGGAGGCAGUGGCAGCACUGGGGGGAUUCUAGUGGCCAGACCAGCGCCAGGGGUGCCCAGUGGUGGCAACAGUGAUGUCUUCACCGUGGUCUUGGACGUUGUUUCUGUCUACCAGGCCCAAUCUGAGGCACCCCUGGAGAGUCGGGGAGUUCCCCAAUAUCCUCUAAGGCGGGGUUUCUCAACAAUGGGCACUAUUUACAGCUGGGGCCAGAUAAUUCUUUGUUGUGUAUGUGAGGAGGGCUGUCCUGUGUGUUGUAGGAUAUUUAGCAGCAUUCUUGGCCUCUAUCCACUAGGUCCCAGUAGCAAUCUCUCAGUUGACAACCAAAAAUGUCUCCAGACAUUGCCAGAUGUCCCCUGGGGGUAAAAUCUCCCCCGUCCACAGCCCUUUUCCCUCCUUAUCCCAGCCCCACAUCUUCCUCUGCAGUCCCAGGUCACUGCCCUCAGAGAGGUGCUGUUUACAGCUCCUCCCCCUUGAGAUGAGCCUCCCAGGCUUUGGGCCACCUGUUGUCCUCAUUCUCUACCCUCAGUCUGAGUCUGUUCUAGCUUUUCCUGAUUCCUCUUUCUUCACCUGCCCCUUAAAUGAAGAGUUUUUUAGCUUAGUCUCUCCUCUCUGCUCUUUUCUUGGCGACUGCAUCCUCAGACCCCAAAGCUGAUGGCACCUGCCCUGUUGCCACCUGAUAACCCUCAGUCCUUAUGUUUUAGCUUAUCCAAAUCAUAACUUGUUAUUUUCCACCCCCAAGCCUCACCUCUGGAUUGAACUGUGGGGUACAUGCUCUUGCUUAAUCCUGGAGGAAGUGACACCUGAACUGAAUCCUAAAAGAUUGCGGGAGGAGGGAGGAGACAGGCACUGUGAGCAGAGGCCUAAAAGGGGAGGCGUGAAAGGUAGUAAAUGAAAAAACAUGCCAAGUUCUCUUCUGUGACCUGUAGUCAGUGCCCACUCUGUGGUGGAUGUCUGGACAUAAUGGUCAUCUAGUCCAAUCCUACCCUUUUCAGAUGAAGAACCCAGGUCCUGUGGAGUGACAUGUCUAAGGCUGCUCCACCCCUGAGCACCAGCCUCUGUUCUCCUGGCCAGGGCAAGUGCUAACUGGAAGAGAUGUUCAGUUAGGUGGUAUCCAGGGCCAGAGGGAGAAUGUCAGUGUUCUGCUGAGGCUAGGUCUAGUGCAGCCAUCUUUCUUGCACAGUUUCUGCUGAGCCUUCAUUUGUGUCCCCUCAGGCCACUUUGGUCCCUAUUGCUAGGCACCACAGCCUCUGGGGCAGGUUCAGGCGGGAGCCGUGGGAACAGCUGCAGAGUGGGAGGCUCUGUGCCCACCUUGCUCCUGGUGCUCGGGCAGCCCUCAGCGGGGGGUUACUGAGGCUCUGGUAUGGGAUGGGAGGGCACUGGACCAAAGUGAGUCGUAUGGUAGGCCAGCAGACAGUCACCCUGCAGUGUGGGGAGCCCUGUGAGAGCCACUGAGGUGCAGUUGAAGAUGGCACUGUCCAGCUCAGUGCUCAGUCCAGAGCAAGGCAGCAGGGUUUGGUUUUCUGUUUCAGGGUGAGACUGGUAUAGUCUACGCCAACUCUCCUGCAUGUACACAAUGAAGAGAAUGUUCUUGCCUUUUUUUUCCUCCAAAAAUAAGACACUUCCUUAUGUUACACAUGUUCAUUAUAAAAAGUAAUUUAGGGGCCGGCCUGGUGGUGCAAGCGGUUAAGUGCACGCGCUCCGCUGCGGCGGCCUGGGGAUCGCCAGUUCGGAUCCCGGGAAUGCACCAAGGCACCGCUUGUUAAGCCAUGCUGUGCCGGCGUCCCAUAUAAAGUAGAGGAAGAUGGGCACGGAUGUUAGCCCAGGGCCAGUCUUUCUCAGCAAAAAAGAGGAGGAUUGGCAUUGGAUGUUAGCUCAGGGCUGGUCUUCCUUACCAAAAAAAUAAAAAAUAAAAAGUAAUUUAGACAAUACUGAAAUGCCAAGAAGAAAGUAAAAUUCAUCCUAAAUCCCACCACUCCCAUAACCGUGACUGACACUCAGCUGUUGGGGCUUCUUUUGCCCAUCAUAGAGCACGUAGAUCCCUAUUUUUUGGAUAACGGUAGCUACCUUAUAUGGGCACUUACGUUAUGCCAGGCCUUAUGCCAAGUGCUGGCUGGCAACAGCUCCUUCUGCCUCAGGGCCUUUGUCCAUGUUGUCUGUUCCCCUCGCUAUACCAGACGCAGUUCUCUCCUCAUAAUUUUAGGUUUUAUGUUAAAUGUCAGAGACCUUUCCUGACAUCCCAAGUCAGGUUCCUGGUUAGUUUCACCACAGCCUUACUUUCCCUUGAUCAUUUGUACCAUUAUCUAUUAUUUAUUUUUGUUUUUGUUUAAUGUCUGUUUUCUUCACUAGACUGGAAGCCCUCAGAGGGCAGGAACUGUCUUUUUGCCACAGAGAUGUCCAAUAAAUAUUGUCAGAAGAAUG